CGCGUGCGGGGGGCUUCUCUCUGGACGAAUCCGUUCCGUGUUGCACGUUCGAGUCCGCCUCUCCGCGCCCCUGCUUCCCAUUGACGCACUUUUUAAGCGUCUUCCCCCUCUCCACCUUAAGGCGAGCAGCAAGCGGCAGCGACCAAUCACCAUGCCAUUACAGCCUUCAGAGGAAGCUGUUUAUGGGACUGCAGCGCUAAUUAGGCUCAUGAACUAACAAAUCUGCCUGCACGAACACGGCGAGGAAAACGAUCACAUCCAUGGAUUAGUCUGGGAGUAGCCGAGCACUUUUUAUUUUGGCUUUCUCGACACUGCCGCCUUUUCCCAACUUAUUUACUGCGCACAAACUUUCCCCCUUUCUUGGGUGUGGAGUAUUUUUUAAGCGAGAGCGCCUACGACAACUUUAACUUAAACUGGGGAAUCUGGACUAUCAGACCAUGUUUCAACCGACACCCAAGAGGUGUUUUACUAUAGAGUCUUUAGUGGCGAAGGAUAAUCCUGUACCGGUGUCCCGCUCCGAGGAGCCCAUCAGGCCAGCAGCUCUCAGCUAUGCAAACUCCGGCCAGAUGAACCCGUUUCUCAACGGCUUUCACUCCGGCGGCAGGGGCGUCUACUCUAACCCGGACUUGGUGUUUGCCGAGGCGGUCUCUCAUCCGCCAAACUCCGCUGUCCCUGUGCAUUCGGUGGCCCCGCCGCACGCUCUGGCCGCUCACCCGCUUUCAUCCUCACACAGUCCGCACCCUCUUUUUGCCAGCCAGCAAAGGGACCCAUCAACUUUCUACCCCUGGUUAUUACACAGAUAUAGGUACUUGGGUCACAGAUUUCAAGGUAAUGAAACGAGUCCGGAGAGCUUUCUUUUGCACAACGCGCUGGCCAGAAAGCCCAAAAGAAUCCGGACAGCUUUUUCACCUUCGCAACUCCUGCGGCUCGAACACGCGUUUGAGAAAAACCAUUACGUGGUUGGAGCAGAAAGAAAACAGCUCGCCCACAGCCUUAGCCUCACAGAAACUCAGGUAAAAGUGUGGUUUCAGAACCGGAGGACGAAGUUCAAGCGACAGAAGUUGGAGGAGGAGGGUUCCGAGUCUCAGCAGAAGAAGAAAGGAUCGCAUCACAUAAACCGGUGGAGACUGGCGACUAAACAGUCGAGCCCGGAGGAAAUUGACGUCACUUCGGACGAUUAAAACACACACACACACA